AUGUGUCACAUGAGGAGGUGGAUGAAGAGGAGGAACUGGAGAAUCCCAGGCCCGGGAGGAAACGGUCGAGUCAACACUCUGUCGGCGUCCACUGUACCGCAGUCUGCCCCAGAUGCCGCCGCAGCCGGAGCCCCCGGUGCUCCAGGAGCCCCCGAUGGAUCCGGCCAACCUCCAGGCCCACCCAACACCUCCAGCAACCGCAGGCUACAGCAGACACAAGCUCAAGUAGAGGAGGUGGUGGACAUCAUGCGGGUGAAUGUGGACAAGGUUUUGGAAAGGGACCAGAAGCUCUCAGAGCUGGAUGACAGAGCGGAUGCUCUCCAAGCCGGAGCCUCCCAGUUUGAAAGCUGCGCAGCCAAGCUAAAGAACAAGUACUGGUGGAAGAACUGCAAGAUGAUGAUCAUGAUGGGCAUCAUUGGAGUCAUUGUGGUUGGAAUAAUAUUCUUGUACUUCUUCUACUGAACUCAGCCCAUCAAUACGGAUGGAUAUGGACUUGAGAAUGAUACGAGAGGGAAGAGAGAGAAAAAAAAAAACUAGCGCCACUCCUCCCUCUUUUAUCCGUCCUCUCCUCCCUCUCUUCACAGUCUUCCAUCCAACCAUCUUGCACUUACACAUGACUUUAGUGUUAAUAGGUGUGUCUGCUUUCUUUGUCCCUCCCUGUUCCCUCCCUCCUUAUCGGUUUCUUCCACUGUUUUGGCGUGAAGUCGAACUCGCUCGCUCUCUCCCGUCUCUGCACCUCAUGUAUUAUUGAAGGUCGUAGCAGGCGGAGUGAAAGAGGAAGAAAGAAAGAGAAGGAGGGAGGGACGGAGGGAGAGAGAAAAAUCCUUGUGACACGGGGAACACACGGGUCUAUGAACCCAAUGAACGGAGCCAUGGGGGGUCAUGUACAGUGUACAGAGGGUGAACGUGUGCAGGGAGAUUGAACCAGAGUUUGCAGUCCUUUCUACCCCUGAUACACCAAAGCUUAUUCAUAUUAACUUUUAUGAGAGUCCUGCAUUUGUAAAUUGAUACUGACAUGCCAAACUAACACUCUCCUCCUCCUCCUCCUCCCACUGCUCCUCUUCCUCACCACUGCUUCCAUCGUCGCUGCUUCCUAACACAAGGUCAUGUUAGAUUAAGAUUGUGAUCGGUUUUGUUGUAUGCGCGUGUGUAUUUGUGAUCCAAAGCAUUGUAGCUAGUAGCUUUUUCAGAGUUUAGUGACUUUUUCUCCUCCUGCUUAACUUUCUCUUGCUUAGCCUCUUACUUCUCCGAUGUUUAGUGAUAGAAAACAGAAAGAUGUGAAAAGCGGGGUGAGGGUUUAAGGAAAGGAAGAAGUGAUUCAGGGAUAUGUAGUUUGAGCAUUGCAGCAUUUUUCAGCAUAAAUAAGUGGAAAACUUGUGUCUGGACCGAAAAGGGAUUCCUGACUUGUAGUUCUAUAACGAUGCUUCAUUUGUACAUGGGGGUUUUGUACCACAGGUGGUGGCAUGUAACUUUAUGCUUAGCGGCAUGAACAGCGAGGUGAGCAGACGAGCAGCCACUGACAGACACUCUACUGUGUACAUGAACCCCUCCGACGCAGAGGAAGGCCUCUCAAAUCCGUCCUGGGACAGACUCACAGCCAUAGAGAGUCGUGUUGGCACAAUUGUUUGUGUGAUUGUUGUUUCCAAGUCGAUCGGAUCUAUGGAAAAGCAGCGAAACGGGAGAACAGACUUGAUUGAGAAACCUCGGAGCCGCCCGGCCCUCCCGCUGCCCCCUCACCCGCUCACAUGAAAACAGACCCAGCCGCCACCCUCAGUUCAGUAACAGUCAAAAAGAGGUGUUUGUUUUUAACUUGCAUGGCAAACGGUGUCCAUAGUUCUGCCUAUUUGUGUGACCUGUGUAUCUGCCAUGUCUGAAUCUUACUGCCGAUUGUACAUUUUCUUUUGUUAGUGGUUUCCAGGACCUAUGUAUAUUUUCUGAUCUGAUAAUUACUGCUUAUGCAAUGCAAUGACGCCGAGGAGUUUGCCAGGUUUUAAAUUCACUUGCUCUUGAGAGAAAAAUUACAUUUAGAGACUGCAAACAACUGCUACUAUCGUGAACCGUUAAAUACAUGUAGUAUUGUAUGAGUAGAACCAUAGUACACAUCCGUCAGACGAUGCUCCUGAAAGCAAGUUUAUGAAUUCUUUCAGGUUUUCUGGGAGGGAGGUGGGGGGGCUGUUGUUGGAGAAAAGCUUGUUUUCCUUUCCUCAGACUGAUUUUGAGAGUUGAUGAAAUUGUGAGAAUAUGAACAACCUUAAGUGCAAAGGGCAUUUAUGAAUAAUUGUAGCAGUUCCAGUCCAAAAUUACCCGAUGGUAUUGUGCAGCAACAGUAUUAAAGGGUAAUUACCACAUUAGGUAUGAGAACAAGUGUGAUUUACAGUAAGAGAUCCAACUGGAUUUGCGAAAAACAAAUGCAUGCUUACCACUUUUGCUGAUGCCAAUAAAGAAAUCAUCAAUAGA